AUGAGUGAACUGGGGUCUAUGAUGAGUUCUAGCGACAACAUUAUUGCCUCGACCAAAUUUUCAGUGAUUGAAAAAGAUGGGUGCUACGCGGUGAAAUCUACACCCCUGGAUUCGGUCGUCAAGCCGCAUGAUCCUAUCUGCGAGCUUGACAUUUUGAACCUGCUCAAAGGCAAAAACAAGCACAUUAUUGAGAUACUUAACUCCAAAAUAGUAAACGGGAUAGUAACUAUGAAAUUUCCCUUUUAUGAAGAAAACUUGUAUCAAUAUAUGCUGCGAAAUCUCGAGAAAAAAAGGUGGAAUCCAUAUCUUCUAGAGAGCCGAGAGGCUAAAGAAACUUUUGUCAACAAGCUGGAUAAACAAUUUGCAGUCUCGUUUUUUGUUCAACUGGCAAUUGCUUUAAAAUUCAUCCACGAAAAUGGUAUUAUUCACCGAGACGUAAAACCACAGAAUGUUCUUGUGAGUCAAAAUUUCGAAGUGACCAGCAAAGCACGGAUACCACAAUUAGUGCUCAUAGAUUUCGGUAUUGCUUACAACGUGAAUAAACCUCAGGAGCCAUUGGAUUUCAAAAUAACAGAUGUGUCUACUUCAAUUUAUAAGGCGCCAGAACUUCUGUUUAGCGUGAAAAAUUAUUCUUUUCCAGUCGACGUGUGGGCCUUAUUAGUCUUAGCUUCCCAAAUGUUUCAAUCUGUCACUCAAUCUCGAACACAUAUCCCAGCUUUUGCUGAUGACGGGACGGGGGAAAUCGGCGAAGGAAGCGACAUCAGAUUAAUAGCAUCCAUAUUCCGAAGCUUGGGAAUUCCAAGGGUACAACAGUGGCCGGAGGUUCAAAAAUUUGGGUCGCCAGCCUUUGAAGGCAUGUUUGGUUCUGAUGGUGAUGGAAAAUACAUCUUGGACAGGGACGCAGAUCAACAGAGAACUUGCUGCUUGGAGCUUUUCCCUGCCCUUGAAUCCAUCGAAGAGCCUCAAAAAUCCAAAUUGAUAGAGUGUUUUAUCGGGAUGAUGCCCUUCGAGUCUUCCAAGAGAAUAAGUAGCGCAGGCAUCGUCGAGCUAUUGCAAAAUGUGGCUAAAUAA